CAGAAUUCGAACACGUUUAAAAAAAAAAAAGCUUCAUUAUUUAUAUUGGCCCAUUCAUCUUUCUCUCUUUCAUCUCAUUCACUCAUUCAAAUCCUUCUUCUCCGUCCUCUGUUCCAUCCGCCUUCUUUCCUUCAUUUAAAUUCACAAAUAUGACUGGCCCAUCUGACUUUUCUGACCGCACUCAUCCUGACACCAUCUGUCUGUUCGAUGUUGACGGUACUCUUACACCUGCUCGCCUGGGAAUCACCCCCGCCAUGGAGCAGACCCUUGCUGAACUGCGUAAGAAGUGUGUAGUUGGCUUUGUUGGAGGAUCUGAUCUCAGUAAGCAAGUCGAGCAACUCGGACCCAAUGUCCUCCAGAAUUUUGACUACUGCUUCUCUGAGAACGGAUUGACCGCUUAUAAGAAAGGUGUCCAGCUUGCUUCCCAGAGCUUCAUCGGACAUUUGGGUGAGGACCGCUACAAGAAGCUUGUCAACUUUGUUCUCCGCUAUAUCGCUGACUUGGAUAUCCCCGUCAAACGUGGUACAUUCAUCGAGUUCCGCAACGGAAUGAUCAACAUCUCACCCAUUGGACGCAACUGCAGUCAUCCUGAGCGUAACGAGUUUGAGAGAUUCGAUUUGGAGCACAAGCUUCGUGAGAAGUUUGUCCUUGCUCUCCAGAAUGAAUUCCCUGAUUAUGGCUUGACUUACUCAAUUGGCGGUCAGAUCUCGUUCGAUGUCUUCCCCACUGGUUGGGAUAAGACCUACUGCCUUCGUCACAUUGAGCAUGAGAAGUUCAAGACGAUCCACUUCUUUGGCGAUAAGACUUUCAAAGGAGGCAAUGACUAUGAGAUCUAUUCCGACCCCCGUGUCAUCGGUCAUUCUGUCACCAGUCCCGUGGACACUGAGAGGAUCCUCAGGGAACUUUUUUUCUAAAGAGUAGAAUUGUCAAGUAAAUCAGACCCGUUAGAACUGUAACUUUUUUUUUUAUAAUAAAAUAAAAAAUAGCAAUCCAC